AUGGCCCCAUCGUUCGAAGAGCCCCUCGCAGAGGCGCUGGAGGCUCCUCUGAAAGAGAAACCAAAUCUGGUUGCACCAGAACCUGAACACUGCCCGGGUCCUGAAUCCGACCAAGCCGGUAAGGGUGACGCCUGCGCUGGUUGCCCGAAUCAGGCCAUUUGCGCGUCUGCGCCCAAAGGGCCUGAUCCCGACAUCCCCCUCAUUACGGAGCGACUCGCUGGCAUAAAACAUAAAAUAUUGGUGCUAUCAGGAAAAGGAGGCGUGGGAAAGUCAACAUUUUCCUCCCUGUUAUCCCAUGCAUUCGCAGCAAACCCUGACUCAACAGUGGGCGUCAUGGACACUGACAUUUGUGGCCCAUCGAUACCCAAGAUGAUGGGCGUGGAGAGCGAGACGAUACAUGUCAGCAACGCUGGUUGGAGCCCUGUUUGGGUAACAGACAAUUUGGGCGUGAUGAGUGUGCAGUUCAUGCUGCCAAAUCGCGAUGACGCUGUCAUCUGGAGAGGUCCCAAGAAGAACGGGCUGAUUAAACAAUUCUUAAAAGACGUCGAAUGGGGCGAGUUGGACUACCUGAUAGUGGACACGCCCCCGGGCACUUCAGACGAGCACCUGUCUGUGAAUUCGUUUUUGAAGGAAUCAGGCGUGGAUGGUGCUGUCGUCGUCACCACUCCGCAAGAAGUUGCCCUGUUGGAUGUGAGGAAAGAAAUUGACUUUUGCAAGAAAGCUGGCAUUCGAGUAUUGGGUCUGGUUGAAAACAUGUCUGGCUUUGUGUGUCCAAAGUGUACCCACGAGUCUCAGAUAUUCAAGGCCACUACAGGAGGCGGGCAACAGUUGUGUCAGGACAUGGGCAUUCCUUUCCUCGGGUCGGUACCUUUGGAUCCCCGAAUUGGUAUGGCUUGUGAUUUUGGGGAGAGUUUCAUGGACAGCUUUCCAGACAGCCCGGCCUGUAAAGCACUGAGGCAGGUUGUGAGGUCGGUGGGCAAGCUGAUCGGCGAGGACCCAGACGAGGUUCUCCCAGACGGACCAAUAUGA